GUCAGAUUCUAAACUUGCGAGAAACCCAAAAUUCUUGUCGCAACUCAACUACACGCCGAGAUGAAGGUCCUAAGUCUCAAUUUCUUGACCUGCGCGGUCAAGGCCUGCAAGAGCUCGUCGAAUUCAUAUCCGCUGCACCCUAAAGACGCAGAGUUGGUGCAGGACGAUAUCGAGGUGAACGCCCAACUCUUGAUAAAUUUGCUGCCCCGCAUCGAUUGGACGGCGCUGUCUACCACUGCUACUGAGCUCGGCUUCCCAACCUUGCCGCCUCAGCCCCCGUCCGUGGAGGAGCUGCAGGGCGACGAGAAGACGCUUAAGGACUUGCACAACCUGCUCAUGGAGACGCAGAUCAUGGAGGGCAAACUCGUAUGUGCAAACUGCGGCCAUGAGUACGCUGUCCGGGAGGGUAUCGCCAACUUCUUAUUACCGAGUCACUUAGUCUAAAGAAACUUUUCGGCUGUCUAUGAACGAAGCUUCAGGCGAGGAUAUUGGUAGCGACAGCACUAAGACGGCUAAAAGGUUGAAGGCGUUCUGGAGUCAAGGAAAAACGCGAGCAUUAGGCGGGUAUGCGAUUAGUGUGCAUGGUGGAAAUAUCACAGGCAAGGGGAAAAG